AUUUUAUUAGUUAUCUUGUCAAGUAGAUUAUUUUUCCUUAAAAAUAAAAAAAUAUAUUUUAGAUAUUUUUUUAAAAGAAUUUAAAUAUUUAGUUAAGUCGUUGAUCAUGGACAUUUCAAGACCUAACACCUUUUCAAAAUGUAAAUUGAGUUUCUAACUCUCUUUGAAUUUUAAAUGAUUUUUCUCUGUUUUAAGAUCUUCUGAAAAUUUAUUAAGUUAAUUUUUGACAAGUGGCUAUUCUUUUAAAAGUUAUUUUUCUUUAAAACCUAAGUUAAAUUGAUUUUUCAAAAUAAAGUCAUUUUUAUUUUCCAAAACACUCUCUACACUUCACACCUUCCAGAGUAGCAUUGAAGCAAAUGCCAUGGAAUCUUCUCUUCUUCUUCUUCAAGUUUUCUUGAAUUUCGAGCCUUAACGCAUAGCAUGUUCAAUCUUUCACGGCACUGCAUUAAGGACCCACAAUUUAUAUGGUAUCCCUGUUUUCCCUUCAUUUUCCCGUGAACUCAUUGAAGUUUGUAUCUUUUUAUAUUCAUUCAGUUCUGAAAUGGAGUUAGGGCUGGUCACCCUGUUGAGAGCUGCAUGGGUUGCUGCGAUAUUGCCCGUUGUCAUCGCUUUGAUUCCUUCAUCCAAGAUCAGUUUUUUUAAACAAUUCGUGUUAGGGUUUGCUAAGCGCGGCAAGAUUAUGCAGUCUUCAUCAAAUAAAUUGUCUGUUCCACAGAAACUCUUCAUUCACUUCUACAUUCUAGCUUCUGUUUGGACAAUACUUCUGUUAGUUGCAACCUGGCUUUAUGAUUAUUGUACAAUGCCAAAGAUCACAGAACCAUUGCUUUUUUCUAGUAUUGCUAGCCACUUGACGGGAGGAUCGCGUAUCUUCUCUUCGCACAGUUCUCAUACAUCAAAGGAACAUAGAAGCAGGAUUGCUGUAUCGAUCUUUCUUCUUUUGUUAAUGGAAGCUCAAGUACUGCGACGCCUGUUUGAGUCAAUAUACGUGUUUAAAUAUAGUCCUUCAGCCAGGAUGCACAUUUUAGGCUACCUCACAGGUUUAUUUUUCUAUACAGCAGUUCCCAUCUCUCUUUGCUGCAAUCAUGCUACAGAGGUAUACAAGUUCGGUUUGAGUUUGAUUCAAGAGUUUAUUGUCAAAGGAAAAGAUAGGAUGCUAGCAACUGAGGUUGAUUGGUGGAGAUUUUUGAACCCUCUCAUUCAACUACGAUGGUACUCAUGGAUUGGUGCAGCUAUAUUUUUUUGGGGCUGGAUUCAUCAACACCGUUGUCAUGCAAUUCUGGGAUCAUUGAGGGAGAACAGAGAAGACAAUGAUGAAUAUGCAGUUCCUUAUGGUGAUUGGUUUCAAUAUGUUUCAUCUCCACACUAUUUGGCUGAGAUUGUUGUAUAUGCUGGCUUUGUGGUUGCUAGUGGAUGUUCGGACCUCACUAUAUGGCUACUCUGGGGAUUCACGGUGGCAAAUCUUGUCUUAGCAGCAGCAGAAACACACAGAUGGUAUUUGCACAAGUUUGACAACUAUCCUAGGAAUCGUUUUGCUAUUUUUCCAUAUGUUUAUUGAUGCUCAAUGACCAAGUUCUGCUAUAUUAUUUCUUUGAGCGGAUCUGUGUAUGUAUAUAUAGGUUCUGCAGGUUAGAUGUGAAAUUGUUUCUUAGGUUAGCCUAGAAACUGUGAUCUAACCAUGGAUACAACUCUAUGGGUCUGAAUAUGCCCAACUGUUUUAGUGAGUACUUCUGGUCUUUGCCUUUUGUUUGCCUUUUUCUUAUUGCCUUAAUAUCAUGUAACGUAACAUAAUGAAAUCACUAAUGUCUUCAUUUUUACUGUUUGGCCCA